CCAACGGACGGACGGAACUGCUUCGGUGCUUGUGCGGUGCCUACUGAUUGCAUUGUCUCUGUUUAUUUGUGUCUGUGCUGCUGGCCAAAGCAGACGCGGCGAUUUGGUUGCGUUUUUUCCUGUCUAUCGGUUUACUUGAAGUUGGUUGGUUUGCUAGCUGCUGGCUGGUGUAAUUGAACAAAAAGGAGACUGUGUUUUUGACUGUUGCUACCGAUCUGUGUUUUAUAUUGUUUUCAACCUACCGCGAGCCGGAUAUUCUCGUUGUGCCAGCAAUUUCAUUUGUAUAAUGUUUGUGUGAUUAAUGUAUGUCUGCCUGGAAAGUGUGACAAAAGUAAUCAAUCGGUGUUUGGUGGGAUAAAUUACGCGAGUGUCGGUGCAAAAGUUACGAUGAGUCCGAAAUGAGCUGUCAAAAAAUGGGUAGAUUAUCUUUAUCAACAAAGCCUGUGAUACCUUGAUGAUGACGAACGGAACAACCGACAUCAACAGCGAUAAUUUCAUACCCAAUGCUGGCGUAAGGUGUAAAUUUUAAAUCGAACUGGUUUACCAGAGCAGGCCAGCUGAAGACUAGAGAAGGAACGAGAGUGAAAGAUCCCACUGGACAGGAAGUCGAUAAUUAAUUCAGUUUUAUCGGCAACACACCGUAGAUAUACAAAAUUCUCAACAUAUCAGCGAACCCGCAGCCGUUCUACCGCCCUCGGCAAGGAAUGACAAUCGAAAUGGCCGGUCUCACGACGUCGGAGAUCUGCGAAAACACGAAGCUAGCCAGGGAGAUGGCCGUCAUGGGCAACUACGACUCCGCCGGAAUCUACUACGAAGGAGUGCUGCAGAUGUUGCACAAGCUGCUGGUCGGUAUAUCCGAACCGAUUCGGCGUGGAAAGUGGACCUUGAUUCAGCAAGAAAUCAACAAAGAGUACAACCAGAUGAAGCUGAUCCAGAAGACGCUGUCCGAGAUCACGAUGGAUUUGCAGAAUGCGCCGCUGCAGGCACGGAUACGCACGAAACUGCACGAGACGGCGAGUAAAGAUCCCAGCCUUUGGUUGCGCUCGGAGCAAGAUUUGUACAACCAGCAGCGGGAUCCGGAUAUUUUCGAACCGCUGCCCCCAGAGCAAAACACUGGCGGACGGUCGAUGGCUUCCCGGAACCAGAAUCGCAAUAGUACGAUACUGAACCGGAAAGCGGAAGCCAAUCGGAAGAAUGCCGUAACGAAAUCGGCCACCUCUACGACAGUUGGUGUCAGAAGAACGAUCGGGUCGAACAUUAGGGCAUCCACUGCCAAUACCAACGGAAAAACUGGAACACUGCCAAGGAACAAGGGUAAAAACGCUGGAAAUUCAGCCGGAGACGGUGGAGGGGAUGGAGGUAAGGUAGAGAAAGGCGACAAAGAAAAGAAUGACGAUGCUGACGACCAGGACAAUCAGGAUCAGGAACCGGAGCGAAAGUUCGAACCGGCCAGCCACGGUGAUGUAGAUCUAGUCGAUAUGCUGGAGCGUGACAUUCUGCAGAAGAAUCCCAACAUUCACUGGGACGAUAUUGCCGACUUGCAUGAGGCGAAGCGGCUACUGGAGGAAGCUGUUGUUCUACCCAUGUGGAUGCCGGACUAUUUUAAAGGUAUUCGAAGGCCAUGGAAAGGAGUACUGAUGGUAGGACCACCAGGAACCGGUAAAACUAUGCUAGCAAAAGCAGUGGCGACCGAGUGUGGCACCACCUUUUUCAACGUUUCUUCGUCGACGUUGACUUCCAAGUACCGUGGUGAAUCAGAAAAGCUUGUACGGCUUCUGUUCGAGAUGGCACGCUUUUACGCUCCCAGCACCAUUUUUAUUGAUGAAAUAGAUUCUCUCUGUUCAAGGCGUGGUUCGGAAUCGGAACACGAAGCCUCCCGUCGAGUUAAAUCGGAGCUGUUAGUACAAAUGGACGGCGUCAGCAAUGACGAGGCCACCAAGAUUGUCAUGGUCCUGGCAGCAACCAACUUUCCCUGGGACAUCGAUGAAGCUCUCCGGCGACGGUUAGAGAAACGCAUCUACAUCCCACUGCCUAAUAAAGAAGGUAGAGAAGCACUGCUAAAGAUCAACCUACGGGAGGUGAAAGUCGAUGAAACAGUUGAUCUGAACCUGAUAGCGGCUCGCCUCGACGGCUACUCGGGAGCAGAUAUUACCAAUGUUUGCCGUGAUGCCAGCAUGAUGUCUAUGCGAAGGAAAAUCGCUGGUCUCAGACCGGAACAGAUCCGACAGCUGGCCAAGGAGGAACUGGAUCUACCCGUUUCUACGCAGGACUUUAGUGAGGCGAUCGCUAAGUGCAACAAGAGUGUCUCCCGGGACGAUCUCAUGAAGUACCAGCAGUGGAUGAAGGAGUUUGGCUCAUCGUGAUCAGCUGUGCGAGUGGAACAGAGGAAACGUGCAAUAAUCGCUAGGCUCCACCUCAUCUCGUUCCCUGCCCCCGCCAUCAGUCCGCUAUCUUUUAUUUCAUGCUUAUUUUAGCAAUCGGUCGAUUUUAAUCUCGUCUGCAAAAUUUUCGAAUUGUGAAAUCUGUAUUGUAUCGUCAUCACAUCAUAUUUCGUCUCAUUUUUGCCGCUCAACUAAUGCAUGGAUGCGUUCAUUUAUUUUGUACUGAUUAUUUCUAUAUUUUGAGUUGUUUUUAUCAGGCGGAUGGCUAGCAUCAGGCCUAAGAAUAGUUCGUUUCCGCCCGUUCAUAGGAACAAUAGAUCAAUAAGUGAGGAUAAGCUUUAAUUGUUCUAUUUUUUGGCUAAAUACGUCACAAAACUGUGUAGCGUUAAUAAUAGGUUUUGAAAAAAAAAUUAAUCAUAUAUGCUAAGAAAUUGAUGAAGAAGCAUCUUUGAUAAGAAUAAUUUUAUUAAUAAAUUUUUUAAAGAA